GUGUCCCUUGAAUUUGAAAGGUAUCCACUUCUUACUUUCACUUCCAAAAAAUAGGCCUACUUAGGACUUCAUCACCUUAUUAGCUGUGACAAUGAAACUGCCGUACAAGUUUAUCGAAAUUGUUCUUCUCUUGACGGUAUUUGCAUUCCUAGUGAACAGCCUGGACAAUGGUCUUGUGCCGACCCCGCCAAUGGGAUGGAUGGACUGGGAACGUUUCCGGUGUAACAUCAACUGUGACACAGACCCAGACAACUGCAUUGGAGAGCGACUGUUUAUGAGGACAGCCGACCGGAUGGUUUCUGACGGUUACCGUGAUGCUGGUUAUGUGUAUGUUUCUAUUGACGACUGCUGGAUGUCGAAAGAACGGGAUUCUCAGUUACGUCUCCAGGCCGACCCGAAGAGGUUCCCACACGGAAUCAAAUGGCUUGCUGACUAUAUGCAUCAAAGAGGCUUGAAGCUUGGAAUAUACGAGGAUUUUGGAACAAAAACUUGUGGAGGUUAUCCAGGAAGUGAGUUCUUCCUGAUGUCCGAUGCGCAGACGUUUGCCGACUGGGAUGUUGAUAUGUUGAAGCUGGAUGGUUGUAAUUCACAUGUGGAUCAGAUGUCUGUAGGUUAUCCAACUAUGGGAUUAUUUUUAAACAAGACAGGUCGACCAAUUCUUUAUUCCUGCAGUUGGCCUGCAUAUACAGGUUCUGGCAAAAAAACUGAUUACAAACUGAUUGCUAAGACAUGUAACAUGUGGAGGAAUUACAAGGAUGUAGAAGACUCCUGGGAUUCAGUCUAUGGCAUCAUUCAGUUCUAUGCAGAAGACAGAGAUCAUUUCAGCUCAGUUGCCGGCCCGGGGAACUGGAAUGAUCCAGAUCAGUUGAUAAUUGGUGACUAUGGUUUGAGUUGGAACCAGCAGAAGGUACAGAUGGGGAUGUGGGCGAUAAUGGCAUCGCCUCUCUUCAUGUCUGUGGAUCUGGACAAGAUUGAUGCCCAGUCGCGAAGUCUUCUUCUCAACCGACGGGUUCUCGCAAUUAACCAAGACAAACUGGGAAUCCAGGGCACAAAGCUAAUGAGCAAGGCUGCAGCUCUGGAUGUUUGGACCAAACCAAUACUGCCAAAAGGAAGUUUGGCUGUGGCCGUUGUGAAUGGGAAUAACAAAGGCGUGCCGCGGACAGCUGUGAUUCAGUUGAAAGAACUUGGAUUAACCAACCCAUCAGGGUAUAAUGUGACAGAGACCUUUGACGGAACAGCUUUAGGAUUGUUUAGACCCCUUGAUAAAUUAACUGUUGAGGCCAAUCCCUCUGGUAUUUAUCUUUUCACUGCUGUACCCAUUAACACUGGUGCCAAAACUAUAAUAGUAUAAUAAAUUACUCAUCAGAGGUUUUUUAAAUUUUUAUGUCAUAGUAUAUUUUAUGAUGAAAUUGUUAUGAGGUGCUUCAAUCACAGGAGAAUUUAAGCUUUAUGGUCAAUAUAACUGUUUUCCUGUUGUCAUAUUUAUCUCUACAUUUAUACUCAUACACACUGAUGCCACAUACCAGUGUAUGAAUCAUGUUUUACAAAAGUGUUAAUAGAAAAUCUUAGAAUGAUUUGACUCUAUGAUGAUUUCAGUGUUAGUGUGAUCAAUCUGUCUGCCAUUCACCUUUUCUGUUAUAAACCGUUAGACAGCUAUAUCCAUCAUAACCACCAGUAUGGAAACCUAGAGACAACAUUUACAUAAUGCCACAGGGUUUGAUUUAGGAGUCCUACAGCAAUGGUAGAUCCAAAAGAAUGUAGAAUAUGAGAUAGCUUACUGCAACAUUCCAACCAACAACAUGACAUUUGAAUUUAUUUUUACUGAGAAGUAAAACUUUCUACAUCUUCACCCACUUCAAGAAGCAUGUAAUCAGGCUUUUAAUGUAUAUGAUUCCCUACAUUUUCAUAUAUGCACACGGGCAUAGGAAGGUGCUAAAAAGUGGAGGGGGGUCACACUCACUUGUGUGUGUGUUUAUAUAAGGCAUCUGUGAUUAUGUUAUGUAAAGAGGUGUUUUUAGACGUCAGGUGCACAUUUGUUCCUAACUUACUCUGUCGGUGUCGGAAAGUGUGAUUUUCGGUGUAAUGAACAGAAUAACAUUGGUGUACGUUCGUUCCAGACAAUUUGUGGUCGGAUGGUGUAAAUGUCGUAGUAAUACAGUCAUUGUAACGAGGUCUGACUGUAUAUAUAAAUACAUGUAUAUAUAAAUACAUGUAUAAAUAUAUAAAAACCAUCACUGCUGCCCACCCUCCUAUACCAGUGAUGCAUUUUCUCCAAGCUAAUUACUAUACAAAAUUUGAUAACGUCGAAGUGUACUUUUAAGCCUGAAAUAAACUCUGCACAUUAUUACUUGCACAUGAAAAAAAUUGCUCAUUCUUUGACCAUUGCUUUUUUUUUAGUGAAAUUGGGUUAAUGGAAAGUGGGCCUUAUCUGUAAUUGUGUCUGUACAUUCAAAUAUUAUAUUUCAUCUUGUACACAUCAAUAUGAUUUUGAAUGCAAUAAUAAUUUUAUUUUGAUUUAAUAAUUAAAAGUCAUUUUUAUGCAAUUGAAUUGUAUUGCAUAAUUAAGUAUAUUAUUGAUCAAUAAAGUAUUUUGAUACAG